GAUUAACGGUGCUUAAGCGGUUUUGCCUCCAUACAUUACAUCGUCCCAUCAUUCCCCUCCACGCAUGAAAUACAUGAAAUACAUGAUCCACAAUCUCCUUUCCUACCAAUAGCCGGAGUUAUACAAGUCCUCGAAUAAAUCAGCAUCGUAUAUCCAUCCACGUCGGACGGCAACUCCUUAUAAGUCGCUCAAACCAUCAACAGAACAGAAAGUCUUUCAACAUCACCAGCUCACCAUCACCAGCUCACCAUCACACAACCUACCUCUGCUCCAUCCAAAAAUGCCACCCCCAACCCAACAAUCCCGUCCGUUCUUCUCAAACUUCCUCGCCGCCUUUCGUUCCUCACAACUCUCCUCUACCCCAAUCAUAAGCAACACCUCUUCAUCCUCACAUCAAAAGCCUCACACGCACUCACAUUCACAUUCACAUUCACAAUCCACGCCCUCACAACCACGUCAAAUCAGUACGAGCACAAAACCAAACGCUACAUCAAAUGCCAUACGAGGAAUCGAUCGCACACUCACAAAUAGCGGAACUAGUCCAAUAGGAAGUUAUGAUUCGAGUCCUAGUCCGGGAGCAUCGAGUUAUCUAAACCAAAACCAGAAUUCGAGUUCGCAUCCAAAUACAACGAAUACCACUUCUCCACCUACAAGCUCAAGUUCGAAUAUGAAUCAGGGUGUGAAUGGAAAUACAUCAUAUGCUCACGCGAAUAAAUAUGGACGUUUCAAAACAUCGGCAGAUAGAAGGGGGAGCGAUAGUAGUUCGGAGGGAUUUCGAGAUGUAAUUGGGAAGGAGAAAUGGUAUAUUGGGGGCCGUACACAAGGGGGAGAGGAGAGAUAUUUUCAGUUGGGAGUAGUGAGGAGGAGACGAAGCGGGGGCGAAAUGAGUUUUGAUCGGUUAAGUUUGUGAAGGUUUGGAAUGGAAGAAAGACAAUAGGGUUGUUGAUGUUAAUAUAUUGGUGUGUUGAGAGAAUUUCAAAGGCGUAAUGAGGUGGAAGUGGUAAUAUGUGGAUUUGAUAAGAUGGAUGGAUAUGGAUAUGGAUAUUCAAUACACUAUACGAGGAAAAGCUAUAAUCUCGCAACGAGCCUUCAUAAGAUUGAGAUUGGAGUUACAAUACUAUUUAUUUACUGGGUAGCUGGUAUGGCGUUGACGACAUGGGAAUGGAAAUGGAUAUGGAUAUGGAUAUGGAUAUGAAUAUGGAUAUGGUAUUGAUU